AUGGCCCUGUUCACCGUGUCUUCACGCUUCGCGAACCCAGGCGUCAUACCGUGGUCACCAGAAGACUUUGCUAACCGAGCUCAAAGUCUCUCGAGCGACUCGGAACUGAGCGUAGAUGAACUGAAAGCAUCUUUUCUCCUGUGCCUUCACGCCAUGUCUGACUCCUUGACGUGGGCAACUGUCACCGAAACCACCAAGAUCACCAGGAUGGCUGAUUUGUACUACACGAUGUGCCUUGGAGGACAGCGUAACGUGUCUGGCAGGGCUUUUGAUCUCAAUAGCGAGAAGGACGCCGGCGGUGGGGAUGGACUGGCAGCAAGACGACGGGACGAGGCGGAGGACUUGGAUGCUGAGAUGGAGGAGUGGAACAGGGUAUGGUGGUGCAUCUACCGCCUUGACUCCUGCUGCUGUGCCAUCACUGCAUCACCAAACGCGAUAUCGAAUCGCCUCGAAGAGAAGAUCAAGCUCACUUCUGAAUCACCUACCGAGUCCAUGACCCAGCCGUCUCUUGACUCUGAACACAAUCAGGACCUAUCGCAGCACGAGUCUCUGAGCAGAUCAACGCAUCCGAAACACUGGCGGACGAUGAAAGCCAUCUUCUCACAGCCGGCAUGUACGAAUCAGAGCCUCUACCUCGGCGUAUGCACCUUUGUGAGAUCCGUCACAGAACUCAGAUCCCUAGUCAAGUCCGGCCGCACCAAAGGCCUCGAGAACCGCCUGCGAGAGCUCGAGAGCGACAGCGCGGCCACGGCGUUUGCGUUGCCUUCGUGGUACUUUCAGCCCGUGAGGAAUCUGAGCGUUGGCGAGACGGGAGGAGACCACGCGUCUCGGUUGAAGAAUUUGCUCGUCUGGUCCUGCUCCGACUUGCUACUCGCCAUCUGUGCCGUGGAGAUGAGCGGCUCGUCGACCGCGGCUGCUCCCGAUCUCACAGCACACUGGCACUCGAUCUUGGACAAGGCAAACGACGCGGCCGAAGUCGUCGGAAAAUGGAAGCCCGCCUACCUUGACGUUGUUGACCCGUUGUGCUCCUACAUUGUUCUUUUGGUCGGCGCAAUCUUCUCUUUGCAAAGAGCGCUCUCGUCCGAGAUGUCCCUUUUCUCCUCCCAGCUUGAUCUGCUGGAGUUGUUUAUGGAGCAGAUAGGGAGCCGUUGGCCUAUUGCAAACCGCCUCGGCAGUAAGUACUUUUCCUUCAUGGUUUCCGAAGAUGAACAAGCUGACCCAAAGGGCGGAAAAGAAUCACUUCAAUCCAUACAGAGAAACUUGUCUUCAGGAAAGUCUACUUGUACCCUUGAGACGGCGCUCACCUAUGUCCGCCAGUUGACUCACCCUUUCGAUGGGCAACCUGUCCACCCUGUUUUGAAAGGUGAUGCCCCGGGAGCUAUUAUAUCGGGACCUACAGAGGCAAGGGACGCAAGCAACGGAUGCUAUUCUAACACGCAUGAGGAGGGAUAUGGUCAUUAUUAUGGCCUCGACGAUGUUGAUUUCGCGAGUCUGGAGGGAGUCUUUGGCGACAUGGACCCGAUGGACAUGCUGCUGCAGGUAGGUUGUUGA